AUGAAGAGAGAUCUUGGCGCCCUUUUCCAAGCUGCAAACCUGGAAAACAAAAAACGCCAUAAAAAACAUCCCAACGUCAAGCGUUUUUCUCCUCUACCAAACACGCAAAAAGUCGACAACGCCAGCGAGCCCGCAAGCCAGCCGCAGGAAGAGCUUGCAAGUCAAUGGCCGGUUGAACAGAGGCAGCGUGAGGCUACAUGGCUGCUUAGCUGCCUACCUCCCAGUUUCGACCGCCUCUUUCACCACCCUCCUCCUACUUGCUCUAUCAUGGCCGGCAAUGCAGCGCGGAGCCGCUCUGGCUCUGGCGCCUCUCACUACGGAACGGGCGACGACGAAGGCUCUGUGCUGGGAACAGGGCUUACUUCCCGCCAGCUGGAGGCGUUUGGCCGCAAAGUCACGACUACGGCGUCUCAUCUUAUGAGCACCACGACUGAUCCUACCGCCAAUGUCCACUACCAGGCAGCCUUGUCGGGCAUCCAGCGAGAGCUGCGAAGACCCGGAGCCCAGAGGAGGAUGUUUGCAUUCGCGCAGACGACGCCUACCGAGCUUGUACGCUCCAAGUUUUCCACGUCGGAGAUCCAGUACCGCGCUCUCUCUUCCCUACCAGAUGACCUCCUACAACAUCUCCCCGAGGAUACAAGUACAUACUCGCUGUUCCAAGGGUUUCAGGCCUCGAUCCACGAUGCAGAUAACGAGCACAGGAAGUCUCAUCGGAGGCGAAGUUCACAUGGCCAGAAACGGCUGGAGGAUGUAGAUAGGAAUACAGGUGCCCUGCCACCUACAAUAGGCCAUUUGAAGCGGGAACGAGACUCGUUGAACCAUCGACUGGAAAUGAUGGGGGUGCGGAAGAACAUGUGCAGUGCAGAGAUACACGAGAUUGACAACAAGAUUAUGAACCUGAACAAGAUGCGCAAGAUUGUGCUGGACCGUCUGGCUGGCCUGGAGAUGGACGAAGCUGACUUGGAACAUGAAUAUAACAGGCUGGAGGACAUGGAGGACGCUCUGGACGAGUCUGUGGCAGCGGCCACGGCAGCUACACCCAAGACGGGCGAUAUUCCCAGUUCUCCGAUCGGGGACGGCGAAGGUGAUUCGUCGUUCAUGUCCGAGUCUAUCUACGAGAAAAUUCCUUCACCCAAGGCCUGGAGACACAAAACAUCGAAUAUUUUUUUUUGCUCGGAAGCUUACAUUGUGGACAUAGAAAAACGGUCGACACCGGUUCUCCACGAGCAUUUUGAGCCUGGGUCUCUGAUAAGAGAACUGCAGGCCCAUAAUGAUAUGAUCGCCGCUCUGGACUUCGAUGUCCCCUUUGGCACGAUGGUCAGCGCCGCCCUGGAUGACACAGUGCGAGUGUGGGACCUGAACCUGGGGCGGUGCAUGGGCUUCCUGGAGGGUCACCACGCCUCGGUGCGGUGCCUGCAGGUGGAAGAUAGCAUCGUGGCCACCGGCUCGAUGGACGCUUCCAUCCGGUUGUGGGACCUUAGUCGCGCCAAGUACGAACCACGCGACCACCGGGCCGACAGGGACGAGGAGGACGACGAGGAUGCACUAGGCUUCGAGGACCCAGCUGCAGCACCGCCCACGCCUCCGCCAUCGAGCAUGGACGAGUGUCCCCUGUUCAGUCUGGAAGCUCACGUCGACGAGGUGACGGCCCUGCACCUGCGCGGAGACACGCUGAUAUCCGGAUCUGCGGACAAGACGCUGCGGCAGUGGGAUCUGGUCAAGGGCCGAUGCGUGCAGACGCUGGAUGUGCUCUGGGCCGCGGCACAGGCGUCGUCGACGAUGGCGGCGGGCGAUUCAGCAGCAUGGCGGCCGACGGGUCGUCUGCCGGACGCUUCGGCAGACUUUGUCGGUGCCUUGCAGUGUUUUGAUGCGGCGCUGGCGUGUGGAACGGCUGACGGAAUGGUGCGUCUGUGGGACCUGCGUAGUGGACAGAUAUGGGAUCUUCGCACGGGAACCAUCCACGAUGCGUAUGCGUACGACCGGCCAGUCACAAGCAUGAUGUUUGACACCCGACGCAUUGUGGCUGCGGCGGGCGAGGACGUGGUGAAGGUGUACGACAAGACGGACGGGCGACACUGGGACUGUGGCUCAGGGGUAGCAUCCGAGGACGACGGCCGAGCACACAGCAUCGUCGAGCGCGUGCGCAUCAAGGAUGGCUAUCUGACCGAGGGACGCAAGGACGGCACCAUCGGCAUCUGGAAGUGCUAG